AAGUGACUUUUUUGUUCGACUUGAACUUGGAUUUCCUUGUGGAGAAAGUUAGGAAUGAAGACUUUUCUUAUUCUUGCGAUGCUUAUUGAAGAUAUUGUUACCAUUAAGUGUAAUUGUUUGGGGAGUAUGGGCGAAUUUUGUGACAAUGGAUUUUGUGAAACAACUUCGUAUUGCAUGACUUCUUGGGUUUCUAUCAACGGACAGAUCACUGCUCAGGACUGUUUGACAACCCGCACCGAUCUAUCGGAUCGACAGUGUCAGACGAAUCGGAAGGGACUCGUUUCGUGCGUCUGUAGCACUGAUAUGUGUAACGUCGACACGUUUUCUAUUCCGACGGAUAUUGUUCUCACUGCCCCACCAACAAUCAAAUGCUAUAAUAAGUUUGUGGAUGAUGAUAAUUUCUGUUUUGGGCAAUUUUGCAGGUACUCAAGACAGUUGGUACCAAAUGACUUUGGCGAUGUGCAAAUUUCCUCAUUUUUUCCUGAACGGGGAUGUAGUGAUUUGGAAUAUAAUCAUGACCUCGCCUCAAUGAAUGUUUGCUACACGAACGAUGAAAUGAUCGUAUGUCAAUGUAACACAGAAUUUUGCAAUAAAGAUCAGCCAUUCGAUGUGCCGAUGGGAAAUUUACUGUGUUAUUACAACUCUAACGGCAAGCCAGGAAACAUUCCUGGAAUGAAGUACUGUCGAGGUCACCUAUGUUACGUGCAUACUAAUUAUGAUAUCAUCAGUCGAGGCUGUAUUAACGUUAGUGAUGGUGGUCCGGAAGAGCUGAAAAAGAAGGGCGGAUAUUUGUUAUACAGAUUUUGUGAUGAAGACUUGUGCAAUGGAGAAAUAACUGCAGAUCCAGUUGUGAAUGUGGAAGGUUCUGGGAACCUCAGUUGAUUUAUGGGUUUUAUUUGAAUUUAAUAAAGUUUUCAUUCAAUGCG